GCCUGUCUAGAAAUACCCCGCGUUACCUUCUCUUGCUAUCCUUCUGCGUUGAUUUUAAUCAACGUUUUCACAUUGGUAGACUCUACUGUCUUUACAGUUAACCAAAAAAAAAAAAAAUAAUAAUUCUUAACACGAUAUAAAACCCAGUAGACACACAGGCGCUUUCCCGCCGACUAGACUAUAGCUCAACGCUGGAGUGUGACAGAAGAUUGAGUUUUCCUCUGUCUCCUUUCUGCCUGGUGGAUCAAGGCCUCCUGAUCUAACCCACCCCCCCUGCUCACAUCGAUCCCUUCCUCCUCCGUGUUCAAAGCUGCGGAAGAAUCGGUCUGGGACACAUCAGCCCGUGACCCGGACCUGAUCGCCUACCAACCCGUUCAUCCGUUCAUCCAUCCAUCCAUCCAUCCAGGGCACCUUCUCUCUGGAUCAGCAAACUCUGCUGCACCGUUCGAUCCACAGACUGAAGAAGUAGCUCCAUGGACCAAUCAUCAUGAGACUCAUCUCCAUCCCCGUGUGGGCGCUCCUCCCGUCCUUGCCCCGCCCUCUGCUCCGUCGCUGCUGCCUGGCAACCCUCCCGACCAAUGGCAGACGCCUGGGCACAGAAGGCCCCGCCCCCCGGCCCGUGAUUGGCCAGGACUCUGUGGAGGUGUCGGGCCACUCCUACCCCCGCGACGACUUCACCAACGUCACGCCGAAGGUCCUGGACAAAGUCGGCCGCAACCUCCACAACCAAUCACAUCACCCGCUGUGGCUGAUCAAGGAGCGAAUCAAAGCGCACUUCUACAGUGCUUACGUUGGUCGCUGGGGCAACCCGCUCUUCUCCGUCCAUGACAACCUGAGUCCCGUGGUUACUGUGGAGCAGAACUUCGACAGCUUGCUGAUCCCGCCCGGCCACCCCAGCAGGAAGCGAGGAGAUAACUACUACCUGAACAGGAGACUGAUGCUGCGCGCCCACACCUCGGCCCACCAGAGGGAGCUGGUGAGCUCCGGGCUGGACGCCUUCUUAUUGGCCGGAGACGUUUACAGGCGGGAUGAGAUCGAUGCCAGUCACUACCCCGUCUUCCACCAGAUGGAGGGGGUCCGACUCUUCUCCAACCACCAGCUGUUCUCGGAGGUGCAGCACGGCGAGGAUCUGUCGCUGUUCGAGGCGGGCGGGCGGCGAACGCCUCAGAAACAGGAAGCUCACUCUCUGGAGGCCGUGAAGCUGCUCGAGUUCAACCUGAAGCAGACGCUGACUCGACUCGUCACGCACCUGUUCGGAGAAGAUCUGGAGGUGCGGUGGGUUGACUGUUACUUCCCCUUCACCCACCCAUCCUUUGAGAUGGAGGUGCGUUUCCAGGGCGACUGGAUGGAGGUGCUGGGCUGUGGAGUGAUGGAGCAGGAGCUGCUGAACUCUGCCGGGGCAGGAAACAAGGCCGGCUGGGCUUUCGGUCUGGGCCUGGAGAGGCUGGCCAUGGUCCUCUACGGUAUCCCCGACAUCAGGCUGUUCUGGAGCCAGGACGAUCGCUUCCUCAAACAGUUCAGAGUGGAGGACAUCAAGCAGCCCGUCUGCUUCCAGCCUCUCAGUAAGUACCCACCUCUGCACAACGACAUCUCCUUCUGGCUGCCAGAGAGCGGAGCGAACGAGGACGGCUUCACGGAGAACGAUUUCUACGAGCUGGUGCGCUCCGUGGGAGGAGACCUGGUGGAGAAAGUGUCUCUGGUGGACCAGUUCACACACGCAAAGACCGGGAGGCGGAGCCAGUGCUAUCGCAUCAUCUACCGCCACAUGGAGCGAACUCUGACCCAGCAGGAGGUCCGACGAGUCCACGAGCAAAUCGAACGCACCGCCGAGACCGAGCUGGGCGUGCAAGGCCGUUACUGACACACACACACACACAGACACACUGACACACACACACACACACACACACACACACACACACACACACACACACACACACACACACACACACUCUGAGAUGUUAGGCUGCUUCGUCACGUCCUCGUGGCUCUGAUGUUUCAUAUUUCGCUGCAGGGGAAACGUGUUGACUUUAAUCCCCGACAUCACACUUUUGAUGCUGCACACACACACACACACACACACACACACACAGACAGACACACACAGACACACACAC